AUGGGCUAUCAAUACUCAAAUGACUAUGGGUUUAGGAUUAAUGAAGUCCUGGCUCUUAAAGUCUUGGAGUUUAUGUUUGAUCCAAGCAAGAUUGAUGCUACAGUUGCUUCUACUUCAGAGGCAAGAGUUGAGUUUGAUUUAUCCUCGAGCAACACUGAUGUUCUCAGAGCAAUUCUGAAAGAGAUUCCUGUAUCAGAACUACGAUCGGGUAUGCCAGAGCUAUCCAAAUUCAAUCUUCGAGAUGUGAGUUUAAUGGGGAAUCAGACAAGUGCAGCUCCUUCCAUGGAAGCAAAUGAUCUUGUCUGUAGAGAUGAUAGAUCAGUGCACAUGGAUACAUGCGAGGAGGAGCCGAUAGAUGAGGAACAAGUGCAUAUUGGUUCGGAACAAAACAUAAAUGAGGAAGAUAAAGUAGUUGUCACCGGUGAUGAAGAUGAGCCAAUGCACACGAAUGAGAAAGAUGAAGUAAUUAUGAUCGAUGACGAUACUGAGACAACCAGUGAACCCAUUAAAAACGGUAAUACUGCCGGUGAGACCUUUUCUCCAAGCGCAAGAAGUUGUCCAUGGCCAGAGGAUGCGCGUGCAAAAUGUGCAAAAGAUGGAACCUGGUUAAUCAGUGGGAGCGAUGAUGAUGAGUCAGAUAUGGACCAUAUGGUAAAAGGUCCAGUCUUGGCCAGGGUGAAUACAAACACUUACACGAACCUUCUUCAUUCGAGCUCCCAAACGAGACCAGAGAAUGUAUGUUGGAAAUGCGAGAAAGAAGGAACAUUAUUGAUAUGUAGCAGGAGCGAGUGUGCAGCAAAAGUUCACAAGGAAUGUUUGGGUUGUCCAGUUGACGUCGACGAAGACGGGAACUUUCACUGUCCUGUCUGCUGCUAUGAUCGAAUCGUCAUGGAAUACUUUGAAUCUCAGAAGUUAAUGAGCUCUGCGAAGAGAAAACUGUUGAAGUUUUUUCCGGUACUUUCCACAGGAAACAAGAGACUUAAGUGUUGA